GCCCCGGGGAAGGAAGGGCGGCGGCAGCAGCAGCGCGCAGAGCCGGAGGGGCGCGCAGGGAUCCGGCCAUGGGGAUCGCCAGGCUGGCCGAGCUGAUCCGGGAGGAGGCGCCGGACGCCGUGAGCUCCGUCCAGCUGGAAGACUACCGGGGUGAGCGCUGCCGCCGCCGCCUUUUGCGCCCAUCCUGCAUCUCCCAGACUGCAGGCAUCCCCAAACUCGGUGCGCAAUUGUAGUUUUGGAACGACAAUUCCCAUCAUCCCUGACCACUGGUCCUGUUAGCUAGGGAUGAUGAGAGUUGUAGUCCCAAAACAGCUGGAGGGCUGAGUUUGGGGAUGCCUGUCCCAGAGGAUCAAGGGCAUUGCAGCCGGUUGGGCUGGAUGAUGACCUUUGGGUCUUUGGUGCAAGUUAAAGCUUUGCCAGGGUGGGACCAGCAUCUCCUUACAAAACUCCUUGUAGUCCUACUAGCGUAAUUUGUUGAUUACAGUUGCUCUUCAAAUAAUUCAUAUACAGUGGUACCUCGGGUUACAUACGCUUCAGGUUACAUACUCCACUAACCCAGAAAUAGUGCUUCAGGUUAAGAACUUUGCUUCAGGAUGAGAACAGAAAUUGUGCUCUGGUGGCGCGGCAGCAGCAGGAGGCCCCAUUAGCUAAAGUGGUGCUUCAGGUUAAGAACAGUUUCAGGUUAAGUAUGGACCUCUGGAACAAAUUAAGUACUUAACCCAAGGUACCACUGUACAGUCAUAUCUCGGGUUGAAUGUGCUUUGGGAUGAGCGUGUUCAAGUUGCGUUCCACGGCAACCCGGAAGUAACGGAGCGCGUUAAAUGACGUUGCGCAGAAGCAGAAGCAGCAAAAAGCGACGCACGCAUGUGCAGACGUGCUGUCGCUGGUUACAUUUGCUUCUAGAUGCGAACGGGGCUCCGGAAUGGAUCCUGUUCGCAUCUAGAGGUACCAUUGUACUUCUCCCAAUCUUCUGAAAAUCUCUGGUCCCACAGGGUUUCGUAUCCUUCCUGUCAUUUUGUCCAAUUUUUUGUAAGGAGAAAUAUACGAAGCGUUACAAAGUAGAAAAAGAGAUGACUGUCUCCUGGAACAAGUAUUCCUAUUUUAUUUUAUUUCCUAAAAUUUAUAUUCUGCUUGAAAAGCUUUGUCUGCCGACUUUCCCCAUUCCAUUCCUAAUUUUUAUAAACUUCUAUGCUGUCACCUUGCUAAACUCUCCUUUUUCUAAACUAAGAUGUCCCAAAUGCUUCAGCCUUUCUUCAAAAGGGAGUCUCUCCAAUCCCUCGAUCAUUUUGGUUCUCCUUUUCUGAAUCUUUUCUGCAAUCUCCUUUUUGAGGUGAGGCAACCAGAACCAUUCCUCUCUGCCUUUCCUUCCUCUCAGCCUAAUCCUACCUCACAGGGCUGUCGUUGUCGUGGGAAUUAAACAAAGAGCAGCAGAACCAUGCAUAUGCCACCUUGAGCUCCUCAAAAAUAAAAAUUAAAAUGUAGGAUAGAAACAGAACAAGCAGAUACAUACAUAGAAUAAUGAUGUAAGUUCUUUUCCCUCCUGCUUGGCUCAGGGCGUGUGGUGGCGAUGGAUGUCUCUGUCGCUUUUUACCAGUUCCGCACGGCUAUGCCAAAGAUCAUCAACCGCCAUGGGGAAAAUAUCAGGUGAGAAGUUGCAAGCAAGUUUAAAAAAAGAAUGUUUGUUGAUUUAAAAGCAUUUGUAAGCCACUUAAUACUAAUAAACUGUUGAACUGAUUUUAUAAUGAAUUGAUUUUAGAAUGCUGUAUUAUUUUACUGUUGUUAGCCGCUCUGAGCCCGGCUUCAGCUGGGGAGGGCGGGAUAUAAAUAAAAUUUUAUUAUUAUUAUUAUAAGUCAUGUUUUCUACUUUGGUGAUCCCUCAUAGCCGAGUAAGAUAGUCUUCAUAAACACGGUUUUAACAAUGAGUGCAUAAGUGACUGCGGAGGCCAAUUCUGGAUCCACACGUCCUUCCACUGUGGGGACAUUGGUUUCUGGGCAGGAGUUGAUCACGGUGUGGAUUUUCCAAGCAUGCCUUCCUCCUAGCACAUUUCUCCCUUGCGUUCUGAGUUCGAGCGUCUUCAAAGCCCAUGACACCUUUGGUAAAGGCUGUUCUCCAACAGGAGCGCUCACAGGCCAGUGUUUCCCAGUUGUCGGUGUUUAUACUACAUUAUUUUAGAUUUGCCUUGAGACAGACUUUAAACCUCUUUUGUUGACCACCAGCAUUACGCUUUCCAUUUUUAAGCUUGGAAUAGAGUAGUUCAUGGGUAGGCAAAUUAAGGCCUGGGGGCCGGAUCCGGCCCAAUCACCUUCUAAAUCCGGCCUGCGGACGGUCCGGGAAUCAGCGUGUUUUUACAUGAGUAGAAUGUGUCCUUUUAUUUAUAAUGCAUCUCUGGGUUAUUUGUGGGGCAUAGGAAUUCGUUCAUUUCCCCCCAAAAAAUAUAGUCCGGCCCCCCACAAGGUCUGAGGGACGGUGGACCGACCCCCUGCUGAAAAAGUUUGCUGACCCGUGGAGUAGUUGCUUUGGAAGACAUGUACACACACUCAACUGCGGAACUGGCACCGCUGCAGUUGCCACAUAAAGCCCAUAGUAGUCAUUCUACAUUUGUAAGAACUCGCUCUUUUAGUGCAGUAGCACUUUGGAACUCCCCGCCUAUUGAUAGCAGGAAGGUGCUGUCACUGAACUCUUUCCCGCACCAGCUAAAAAUAUUUUUGUUUAUGCAAGUCUUCCCAACUGUUUAGAAAGCGGGUGUGAGUCUUAAUCUGCUUUUAGCCUAUUGCUGUAUUUUAACUUUUCCAAAGUCUUAACUUAUUGCUGCUCCCCCCCCCCCGCAAUUGAUGGCUUUAAUGUUUUAUAUUCUUUCUGUAAACCGCUUUGAGGUGUUUUGCAAUCAAGAGGUUUUCAUAAAUAAAUACCGUAUUUUUCGCUGUAUAAUAUGCACCAGACCACAAGACGCACCUAGUUUUUGGAGGAGGAAAACAAGAAAAAAAUUAUUCUGAUUCUCAGAAGCCAGAGGAAUCGCUGCACAGUGAAAGCAGCAAUCCCUCUUGCUGUUCUGGCUUCUGGGGUAGCUGCGCAGCCUGCAUUCGCUCCAUAAGACGCACACACAUUUCCCCUUACUUUUUAGGAGGGAAAAAGUGAGUCUUAUAGAGCGAAAAAUGCAGUAUAUAAACAUCAUUAAAACAACAAUAGAGCGUGGAACUAGUAAAACUGUUGGUUUCAAAGCGUAUAAAAACAGAGAUUGAGGUUGUCAAAGCACAUCUUCUGGGUUAGGAAAAGCCUGAUGCCCCCAGUAACGGGACAAUAGUGAAAAAUGUUCAGGUCACCGCCCUGUGAUAUUUUGCAGGGUGUGGUGACAAAGGUAGAAUUUCUCCAGGUGAUCUCAGCGAGUCUUUCAGGUAUUUCAAGUUUUUGUGCCCUCUCACUUUUGCUUUAAGCGGGUUGUUUCCUGGGUAAUCACUGUUCCAGCUUGUUGUCAAACUGAUGCCCCCAGUUUGCCAGUGUGAGAUCUAUGGAUCUUAGACAAUUUAAGGGUCUUGGUGGUUUGUGUGAUGCGGCAGCAAAAGCAGCUAAUGCUAUUCUAGGCUGCAUUGACGGAAGUCUAGCGUCCAGAUCAACAGAAGCAAUAGUCUCGCUCUGUUCUGCCUUGGUCAGACCACAACUGGAAUACUGUGUCCAGUUCUGGACACCACAAUUUAAGAAGGAUGUGGACAAGCUGAAAGGUGUGCAGAGGAGGGCAGCCAAAAUGAUCAAGGGUCUGGAAACCAAACCUUAUGAGGAACGGUUGAAGGAGUUGAAUAUGUUUAGCCUGCAACAGAGGAGACUGAGAGGAGAUAGGAUAGUAAAGGUAAAGGGACUCCUGACAUUAGGUCCAGUCGUGACUGACUCUGGGGUUGCGGCGCUCAUCUCGCUUUAUUGGCCGUGGGAGCCGGCGUACAGCUUUCCGGGUCAUGUGGCCAGCAGGACUAAGCCGCUUCUGGCGAACCAGAGCAGCGCACGGAAACGCCGUUUACCUUCCCGCCGGAGCAGUACCUAUUUAUCUACUUGCACUUUGAUGUGCUUUCAAACUGCCAGGUUGGCAGGAGCAGGGACAGAACAACAGGAGCUCACCCCGUCGCGGGGAUUCAAACCGCCAACCUUCCAAUUGGCAAGCCCAAAAGGCUCAGUGGUUUAGACCACAGCGCCACCCGCAUCCCUUACCUUUUACCUUCUAGGCUGCAUCAGCAGAUGUCUAGUGUACAUCCCACCUGAAGUCCUCUGUCUAGUCCUGGGUACAUUAGUUUAAUAUUAUUAUUAUUAACAAGUUGGAAGGUGUGCAGAGCAACCAAUAUGAUAAAGGUUCUGGAAACGAAGCCUUAUGAAGAGUGGUUGAAGGAGCCAGGUAUGUUUAGCUUGGAGAGGAGGAGACUGUGAGGUGCUAGGAUAGUUAUCUGAAGGGCUUUCACAGGGAAGAUGGAGCAAGCUUGUCUUCUGCUGCUCUGGAGGGGAGGACUUGAACCCAUGGCUUCAAGUUACAAGAAGGAGAUUCAACAUCAGGAAGAACUUUCUGAUAGUAAGAGCUGUUUGCCAGUGGAAUGGACAUCCUGAGAAGGUGAUGGACUCUCCUCCCUUGGAAGUUUUUAAGCAGAGCUUGGGUGUCCACCUGUCAUGGAUGCUUGAGCUGAGAUUUCUGCAUUGCAGGGGGUCAGACUAGAUGACCCUAGGGUCCCUUCCAAUUCUAUGAUUACCCCCACUUCCUCCUGGUCCAUUCCCCGGUGAUGGCGAUGCACAACUGCACUGGCAGGGCUUGAGUUUGAGUUCUGCCCAGGUCUCCCUGCUCACCCCCGUCUCUUUUGCAUCCCUGCCCCCUUCCGUGGGGCUGCUUUGCUUUGCCUUGCCCCCUGCCCCCUGCUCACACACUGCCUCCUCUUCUGUUCCAGUUCCCUGCGGGGGCUCUUUUACCGGACUAUGAAUCUCCUGGAAAACGGCGUCAAGCCCGUCUUCGUCUUUGAUGGGAAACCCCCAGACCUCAAGGAGAGAGUGGUUCGUAAGAGGGGAUCCCGGGUGGGCUGGGGGGGCGAAACCCAAACCCUGACCCCCCAGGCCUGGCUAGAAGCGCAGGGGGAGAGUCUCACCCGCAAAGGCAGGGACCACAUUGACCAUGGAGAGAAUUAGAAGUCUCUCUCUCUCCCCUCCCCAUUCACCCCCCUUUCCUAUUGCGGCCUGACUUUGCCACAUUUCAGGCUGCUGUUACUCUGAAACUGCACAUCAUCAUCAUCAUGAUUUAUUAUUUAUACCCCGCCUAUCUGACUGGGUCUCCCCAGCCACUCUGGGCGGCUUCCAACCAAAUAGCAAAAACAAUACAGUGUCAGACAUUAAAAACUUCCCUAAACAGGGCUGCCUACAGGUGUCUUUUAAAAGUAAAAUAGUUGUUUAUUGCCUUAACAUCUGGUGGGUGGGCGUUCCACAGGGCGGGUGCCACCACCAAGAAGGCCCUCUGCCUGGUUCCCUGUAACUUGGCUUCUCGCAGCGAGGGAACUGCCAGAAGGCCCUCGGUGCUGGACCUCAGUGUCUGGGCUGAAUGAUGGGGGUGGAGACGCUCUUUCAUUCUCCCCCACAUGCAGGAAAGGGAGAAGCAGUUUUGCGUAAUUCUUCUUUCUGUCUCCGCUCCCCUUGCAGUUGGCGAAACGCGCCGCAGUCUCUGGAGCCAAGAGGAAAGCUCCAGGUAAGACUGUCUCAGACUCCCCUAGUUGGGGGUCACUGCCCCUUUUAUUGGUGGGCAGUUGGGGCUACGGCAGGGAGAGCCCCACUCCCAGACCCUCUGAGCCUGGCUUCGGCUGGGGAGGGCGGGAUAUAAAUAAAAAUUUAUUUUUUAUUAUUCUUCCUGCGUCUUUCAGAUCCUGCCGCGCUGCCGAGAAGAGACUCCGAGAGGCUGCUGGGUUACUUGGGGGUUCCCUGUGUGCAGGUACACAAUGUCUCCUGCGUCUCGGGGUUGGGAUAGAUGGCCGCCUGGGGUCCCUUCCAACCCUACAAAUCUAUGCUUCUGUGUUCACAUAUUUACAUCCAAUGCAGCAUAUUUAUACACUUAUAUGCGAGGGAACCUCUCUCUCUCUCUCUCUCUCUCCCCCCCCAUAGAAUCACAGAACUGUAGAGUUGAAAGGGACCCCUAAGGGUCAUCCAGCCUAACCCCCUCUCCCCUCCUGCUCCCCUCCCUUUCCUCUCCCUCUUAGGCACCAGCUGAGGCAGAAGCGACCUGUGCAGCUCUGGUGAAGUCCGGGCGCGCCUGGUGCACGGCCACGGAGGACAUGGAUGCGCUGCCCUUCGGAAGCUCGCGUCUCCUGCGGCACCUAAACACCAAGAACAGGUGAGCGUGUCCUGGACGUGAAUAGAAGCAGUAAAGACUCUGGGCAUGUGCAGAGUGCCUUCCCAGCUACCACAGGUCGGAGGCAGAGAGCUGCUGGGAGGGGUUUCCGGGGAGCAGAGUGUGUCCCUUCCAAGCAAAAUCGAGGCCUGAAACUCAUUGUGGAAGUAUCCUGUUCUAUCUCUCUCUCUUUUUUAAAGCUUGUAACACUGGUUUACUAGUCAUUAAUAUUACUUGUAGAUUACAGAACAUUUUAAAUAGAAUAGAAAAUAAAAUUGUGUCUAUGUUCCUACAAGCUUUCUGAAAUGCAAAUUCAUGGGAAACAUGAACAUGAACAUUGACUUCCCUUUAAUUCUGAACAAUCACGAUUACAGAUGGGAAACAGUACGCAAGAAUAUAGAGGAGUUUCUCCCUUUUUAUAAUGCUGUCUGUACAUAAUUCUACCUUCGCUUUCCCAUCUGCCGUUGUCAGUCUUCCUGGGGUCCUUGUUUUCAUAAGAGUUUCUGGUGAUAGCCUUUUAUGCGCUAUCCUGUUCUCACAGGGGCAGCAUCUCACACCAGCAGGGGCGGCGCAAGGCGGGUGGGGGAGUUACAAAAUGCUGUUUGGCACUCAACGACUGCAAGAGAUGCUAUGGCUUUGGUGCGCGCAGGCUUCCUGCUGUCAAAACGGUCCGCCCACUGGCUCCUCCACAAAAACUCUGGUUCCCACCAAAAAGAUGAAAUAAAGUCAAACCAUAAAGGUAAAGGUAAAGGGACCCCUGACCAUUAGGUCCAGUUGUGGCCGACUCUGGGGUUGCGGCGCUCAUCUCUCUUUAUUGGCCGAGGGAGCUGGCAUACAGCUUCCGGGUCAUGUGGCCAGCAUGACUAGCCGCUUCUGGCGAACCAGAGCAGCGCACGGAAACGCCGUUUACCUUCGCGCCGGAGCGGUACCUAUUUAUCUACUUGCACUUGCAAGUCCUAGGCUCUGUGGUUUAACAGUUUAACCCACAGCGCCACCCGCGUCCCAAGUAAAAAUUCAAUGGGGGGGUGACAAGAAAUUUUCUGCCCCGGGUACCACCUGACCUUGCUACGCCACUGCCCACCAGAUGCCCAUUAGGGGAAACCUGCAACCAGGAUUUGAGCAAACAGCCACUCUCCCCUCCAGCAAUUGGUAUUCCGAAGCAUCACUGCCCCCGACCGCUAGGAGCCCCGAUAGUCUUGCCCUCCAUGAAUCUGUCCAGAGCUCUUAUAAAAGCCAUUCCAUCUGGUGCUCAUUGCUCCUUCUUGUGGCAGUGAGUUCCACAGUUUAACAGCGCGCGGCACAAAGGAAUUCUUUUAUCCGUCUUGAAUUCAGCUUCAUCGGAUAUCAGUGAGCUGCUAGCGUUAUGAAAGAGGUAGAGAAACUUUUCUGUAUCCUGUAAUGGUGGCAGAUUUUGAAACAAAACCAUCCUUGUGUCUCCCCUUUCCGCCUUCUCUGACCCUGUCACAAUAGCCGUUUCCUCUCCUGGUUUCUCAACAAUCUGAGUUUGGCUUCGUGUUGCAAACAUUGGCUUCCUGUUGCUCCUUCCCAAGGUGGCUUACAAAUCUACCAGUGAUGAAACCACAAACUCUUACUUGCGUAAACCAGCAAGAACUACAAUAGCAGAAGUCGGUAAACCCUUUAUUAAAAUGGAAUAACAGCAGACUGGAAUCAAGAAGGGUUUUUUUAGUGAUCUUCUGAAACCCUGCAAAGUCAUUACAUAUAUUUCUCGCUCUCCUGGCAUGUUAAAAAGUUGGUGAGUCUGUUCCAAGACCCAAAAUGGGGAUAAGCUGGUGCUUUCUAGGAAUGACACCUUUUCAUGUGGUGUGUGUAAUGAGUUGCCAAUAAUAAUAAUAAUAAUAAUAAUAAUAAUAAUAAUAUUUAUACCCCAACCAUCUGGCUGGGUUGCCCCAGUUUCCAAUGCAUAGGAACAUAAUAAAACAUUGAACAAUACAAACUUCCCGAUACAGGGCUGCUGUGGUGGAUGGUGCCAUUGAAUGGGACAGGGGGUCAUAGAAUCAUGAAACUGUAGGGACAUCAAGGGUCUGUCAGGAGUUCAGCCUACACUCGAGUAGGACCCUGCCAGAGACACAUGCCUGACUGGCAUGUUCUCUCCCUCCUGGUUGAUCGUUCAGGAGCUUCAUAAGCUUUCUUCAGCCCGAACAUCACAGCGACCGAUGCCAACUGACACCGGCACACUUAGAGAUCCGCAGAGUUUGCGCAGCAGGCGUGACAGACCUCAGCAACUCAGCAUUUUGGCUAAUCUACUUUAUUUACAUAUAAACACACACAGAGCACUGCAACAUGGCUCCCUCUCCCUCUAGCAUCAGACGGCAAAGAGAAAAAGAACAAAGGACAAUAGUCCCACUUCACGGAACACAGUAACACAAACAUCCUGUUUCCGUCACUUCCCACGCUGUGGAGUCAAAACAUAUACCGUCAUGUGAAAGACAACAAUCUCAUGACUGCAAUCACGGAGCAGGAAUUCUAACAGGGUCAUCUAAUCCAACCCCCUUCUUUUUUAUAUAAUAAUUUUUUUAAAAAUAAUAAUAUAAACAUACGACAAACAUCAAUUCAAAAUCCAAGUCCUGAGAUUACUCUGAAUCUCCUGACUUCCCCCUAUCCCUUCCAUGCGUCCUCGUAAAAAUAAUUACAACUGCACGUCAAUAGUUAUCUAGAUAUUUUUCUUUCUAAAUUGCCCGUAGUUUCCGUUACUUACAAGUGUGAUUAAAAUCCUGCCAAUGUUUUAACCUGCUUGCAAUGGUCUUGUAUAUAAAUUAUGGACUUUCCCCAUUCUUUUUCCAAAGUUAUUGUCUUCUUGGCUUCUGAGCUUCCCAGUUAGUUUCGCCAUUUUGGCAGAGUCCAUCCUCUGGAUUUGCCAUUCUUCCCUGGUAGAAUUCCUCUUCCUUCCAUAGUCCAGCCCCCUUCAGCGCUGGCGUCACAAUGCAGGAAUCUGUGGCCAGCCGUUGUGCAGUGAGAAAUCGAGUCAACUUUGUUCCCUGGAGAUGUAAUGGAUUCUAUGUGGUUUUUUAUCUCCUCUAGAGACCUGGAAGAGAUCUCCUUGCCGGUGGUUCUGCAAAAGCUGGGCUUGACGCAAGAGCAGGUGAGGAGAGAGGGGCGUAGCAAGGGGGGGCGGUAGGUGCGGCACGCCCCGGCUGUCCCCACUCAGGGGGGUGACAAAAUGGCGGGCGGCACUCGCCAUGGGGCCUGCAGCGCACCCGAGCCAUGCGUCUUGGGCGCCUGUGUGCUGGCCCUGGGGGUAACCCGUGAAAUGCGGUCCAGGACCGGUUCAGAAUCCGAAGGUUCCGCUAGGAGUCAGUCCGACAGGGUCAAGGCAGGACACGAGGCAGGAAACCAGGCAAGGACAGGUACAGGAUCACAGGCAGGAUCUGGCACACAGCAAUGUAGCUCCCGCAACAUAGGGCGAGGUCCGAUAGCCUUUUAUCUCUGACGGGGUAACGGCCGGUCCUGAUCCCCUGGCGACUCACCUCCCUGUCUCGCCCGAAGGUGAGCACUCCUCCUGUGAGUCCUCAGGUCUCUCCUUCUCUCAGACCUCAGUCUCUGCAGCUCGGGAGACGUUGGUGGGUUACCAGACCCAGGGGCCGCCUCAGCCUCCCCUGACCCAACCGGUAGUGGAGCAGCUGUAAGUGAUGGCCCAGCUGGAGGCGACGAGGGAAUCCCCACAUCUGGAGCCAGGGCAGGCUCAGGCCCCUGACUCAGCCCAGCUGGUGUUUGUUGCAGGGGAACCUGUGCAGACUGGGGCUCUUCAGGAUCAGGCCCCAGACUUGGUUCAGGUGAUGCCUGAGGCAAAGGAUCCGGUGCAGACUGAGUCUCCUCUGGUUCCUGGUCCGAGUCCCAGGCCAUCACAGCCUGGAGGCCCUACGCUGUCCAUUCACUGCCUGCCCCCCCAAUGUAGGUGGCUGAGGCCCCACGGCACACCCCGCCCCAUCCCUAUGGGCAGUGUGCCCCUCCAUCCCUAUGGGUGCCACGCGCCCUGUGUCUGUCGGACUUGCGUUCGACCGAGCGACUCCUCCAGUUGAGUCCUCUGACAUGAUUAACAACCUGAGCCUCUGAUAAGGCUCGUUCCCCCAUUACGCAGAGUAUCCAGCACAGGGAAGGAAUGAGAAAUAUGAGCUACAUGCUAAGAGUUUUAUUACUAAGCUACGCAGACAGAAAAGAAAUAUAUCCUCUCUCUGUGAGAGCAGAGAGCAACUCUAAAAACAAAGGAACAGGAAACCAGUAAUAGCAACAUCCGUCUCCUGUCUUCCGUGAGACUUCCAAUAGCCUGGAAGCUCUGGAAUGUAAACAGAGUCUUGUGACUCCAAAGCACUGCACAGCGGCAACAAACAGAAACCAACAGUGCCGUCCCUAUGGUGCCUCCCAUCCCUCCCUCUGGGCGCCAUGUGCCGUCUCCAUGGGUGCCACGCCUCCCGCCCCUAUGGGCACGCUGUCCUAGAUGCCCGAUAUAGGCUUCCUCCGCCACUGUGAGGAGAGGCUGGUUCUGCAGAAGCAGAACUGGGAGCAGCUGUUCAGAAGCAGAACCAGGAGCAGAACUGGGAGCACCUUUGAAGGUCACCCGGAAACUGCAAUUAAUCCAGAAUGCGGCAGCUAGACUGGUGACUGGGAGCGGCUGCCGACACCAUAUAACACCGGUCUUGAAAGACGUAAACUGGCUCCCAGUACGUUUCCGAGCACAAUUCAAAGUGUUGGUGCUGACCUUGAAAGCCCUAAACGGCCUCGGUCCAGGAUACCUGAAGGAGGGUCUCCACCCCCAUCGUUCUGCCCGGACACUGAGGUCCAGCGCUGAGGGCCUUCUGGUGGUUCCCUCACUGGGAGAAGCCAAGUUACAGGGAACCAGGCAGAGGGCCUUCUCGGUGGUGGCGCCCUCCCUGUGGAACGCCCUCCCACCAGAUGUCAAAGAGAUAAACAACUAGCAGACUUUUAGAAGACAUCUGAAGGCAGCCCUGUUUAGGGAAGCUUUUAAUGUUUAAUAGGUUAUUGUAUUUUAGUGUUUUAUUGGAAGCCGCCCAGAGUGGCUGGGGAAACCCAGCCAGAUGGGCGGGGUAUAAAUAAUAAAUUAUUAUUAUUAUUAUUAUUAUUAUCCUGCUGUGUUGUGUGAUGCUGGUGUCUUCCUCCCUCCUCUCCUCUCCCCAUCCCUGCGCCUUUCCCGAAUACAGUUUGUGGACCUCUGCAUCCUGCUGGGCUGUGAUUACUGCGAAAAGAUCCGGGGUCUGGGCCCCAAGAAGGCCUUGCCGCUGCUGCGGCAACACGGGAGCAUUGAGCAGGUCUUGCGCUCUGUCUGCAGCGCUCAGGUAUAAUAAUACAGUGGUGCCCCGCAAGACGAAUGCCUCGCAAGACGAAAAACCCGCUAGACGAAAGGGUUUUCCGUUUUUCGAUGCGCUUCGCAAGACGAAUUUCCCUAUGGGCUUGCUUCGCAAAACGAAAAAGUCUUGCGAGUCUUGCGAUUUUUUUCGCUCCCCCCCCUUUUUCUAAGCCGCUAAGCCACUAAUAGCCUUUUAGCCGCUAAGCCGCUAAGCCUUUAAUAGCCGCUAAACCGCCAAACCGCUAAUAGCGCUAAUCCGCUAAUAGGGUUGCUUCGCAAGACGAAAAAACCGCUAGAUGAAGAGACUCGCGGAACGGAUUAAUUUCGUCUUGCGAGGCACCACUGUAAUAAUAAUAAUAAUUUCCAGAGGCAUCCAUGCUUCUGAAUCUCCGUUGCUGGGAACCCCAGGAGGGGAGAGGGCUGAUCUUGUGCACGGAUCCUCCUUGCAAGCAUCUCCAAGACAGGGUGCUGUACCAGAUGCAGAGGCAGUUUUAGGGUGGCGCAACCGGUGCGCCCACACUGGGCGCCACACGGCAGGGGAGCAACACCAGUGCUGUAGGGGUGUCAAAACUUAGCGUUGCACUGGGUGCCUCUCAAAUUUGAAAGCUCAAAGUCAGCUAGACGGGCCGCUGGCCUGAUCCUGCGCACUCUUCUUUAUGUUCCUGUAGCUCAGGUUCAGCAAACUUUUUCAGCAGGGGGCUGGUCCACUGUCCCUCAGACCUUGUGGGGGGCCAGAAUAUAUUUUUUAGGGGGAAAUGAACGAAUAUGCCCCACAAAUAACCCAGAGAUGCAUUUUAGAAGACAUCUGAAGGCAGCCCUGUUCAGGGAAGUUUUUAAUGUGUGACAUUCUAAUGUAUUUUUAAUCUUUCUUGGAAGCAGCCCAGAGUGGCUGGGGAAACCCAGCCAGAUGGGCAGGGUACAAAUAAAUAAAUUAUUAUUAUUAAUAAAAAGUGCACAUUCUACUAAUGUAAAAGCACGCUGAUUCCCGAACCAUCCACGGGCCAGACUGAGAAGGCGAUUGGGCCGGAUCCGGCCCCCGGGCCUGAAUUUGCCUCCCCAUGUAUGUAUCUGCUGCAGCUCAGGGUCGAUGGGCGAAGGGCAGGUAACUUUCUUACAGGUUAAUGCUGAAAAUCCUACUCUUUGCAGAAGCAUCCGUUGCCUGAAAACUGGCCCUUGGAGGAGACCCGGCGGCUCUUCCUUCACCCCGAGGUGGCCGAGCCGAGCCAAGUGGUGCUAGAGUGGCGGGAGCCAGACGAGGAGGGGCUGCUGCAGUUCCUAGCGCAUGAGAAGCACAUGGCGUGAGUAGUGGUGUGAAAUUCUCGAGCAUGAUCUAUUGGAGAAUAUUUGCGAUUAAUGAGAAUAUUAGAGAAUUUUCAUUUAAAACGGAAUAUUCAUUUUAGCGCAUUGAAAAUGAUAGCAUUUUAAUGCAUUGAAAAUGAUAUAAUUAGUUAAUAUACAUGUUUAUUCAUGGGUAAACUUGUUCAGAUGGCAACCAAAGACUGUAAAGAUACUUUUAUUCAAGGGGGCAAGGCAGUGAAUUCACAUUCUUUGAUUUUCUCCCCCUGUAGCUCACAUUUCAGAACUGCCAAUGGUGAAUGACACAAUGCCCAGUAAUGUAACUGGAUUUUUAAAAAAAUCAUUAUUCAUUCCUUACACUGGCAAUAUCACAGCUUGACUUAUUAUUUACUAGAUUUUUUUAAAUGUGGGUUGUAAAACUGGUUCUUACAUUAGAAUUUACAGUUUGGGGAGAAUGUUCUCCGGAGAAUUUCCUAGCAGGGAAUAUUCUCGAGGAUAUUCUCCGGAGGGUAUUCUCACCUCACAUCACAAGGCGCAAGUGUGGCUGCUCUUGCAAGAUGCUUGUUUGGCUAAUAAUAAUAAUGAUAAUAAUAAUUUAUUUAUACCCCGCCCAUCUGGGCCACUCUGAGUGGCUUCCAACAAAACACUAAAAUACAAUAACCUAUUAAGCAUUAAAAGCUUCCCUUCAGAUGUCUUCUAAAAGUCAGGUAGUUAUUUUUCUCUUUGGCAUCUGAUGGGAGGGCGUUCCGCAGGGUGGGUGCCACUACCGAGAAGGCCCUCUGCCUGGUUCCCUGUAACCUCACUUCUCGCAGUGAGGGAACUGCCAGAAGGCCCUCGGAUCUGGACCUCAGUGUCCAGGCAGAACGAUGGGGGUGGAGACGCUCCUUCAGGUAUCCUGGACCGAGGCCGUUUAGAGCUUUCAAGGUCAGUGCCAACACUUUGAAUUGUGCUCGGAAACGUGCUGGGAGCCAAUGAAGGUCUUUCAAGACUGGUGUUAUGUGGUCCCAGCAGCCCCCCCAGUCACCAGUCUAGCUGCCGCAUUCUGGAUUAAUUGCAGUUUCCGGGUCACCUUCAAAGGUAGCCCCACAUAGAGCGCAUUGCAGUAGUCUAAGCGGGAGAUAACCAGAGCAUGCACCACUCUGGUGAGACAGUCCGUGGGCAGCGAGGGUCUCAUCCUGCGUACCAGAUGGAGCUGAUAAACAGCUGCCCCGGACACAGAAUUGAACUGCGCCUCCAUUGACAGCUGUGAGUCCAGAAUGACUCCCAGGCUGUGCACCUGGUCCUUCAGGACCGGCGUUUUGUGGUCUUGGCGUAGCAAAGGAAGGAGCGAAGGGACCAUAUGUUUCUGGACUGCAACUCCCAUCAGCCAGCACAGCUUUCUGCUUUUGCACAUGCCCCGAUCUGCGAAAAAGGCCAGUCUAUUCUUUGGCCACUUUUCCUAGCCUUCCCCUCUAUUUCCCUUGAAUCUGCCUCCUUUCUUUCUCAGAAGGCGGUGGUCUCUCCUUCUUGGAGGUUUCUAAGCAGAGGUGGGAUGGCCACUGGUCAUGGAUGCUUUAGCUGAGAUUCCUGCAUUUCAGGGAGUUGGACUAAAAAGCCCAUUGGGUGGAGAAAUAGGAACAGCAAUACAUAUGUGGUGGAGGUGUGAGGAAAUUAAGAAAUUUUGGAUAGUAGUACACGAAGAACUAAAGAAGAUGUUGAAAAUAUCAAUAACAAAGAAACCAGAGACAUAUCUUCUUGGAUUGAUAGAUGAUGAGAUACCACGGGGUUAAAAAAUAAUUUUUCUAUAUGCAAGUACAGCUGCUAGAAUAGUGAUUGUUGCUAGGGGGAAGUCACAAACUAUACCCACAAAGGAGGAAAGGAUUUGUAAACUAAAUGAAUAUUUAAUUUUGGCAAAAUUAACUGCUGUAAUAAGAAAUCGGUCGAAUCAAAAAUUAAAAACGGAGUGGAAAUGUUUUGAUGAAUAUAUGGCAAAAUAUCGCUCAAAGAAAGAUAUGCUAAUAUGCCUAGAUUAAAAGGCGAAGUACUGGAUGGAAGAAAAAUCAGUAAGGAAAGAUAAUAAGAAUGUAUAGAUGAUUUGAGAAGGUUGUAGAAUGCAAAGAUUAUUGUAAAUUGUAUAAUGUGGAGAAAAUCGAGUGGGGGUGGGGGGAAGUGGGAGGAAGGAGAAAAGAAUAAUAUGAUGGAUUGAGGAAAUGGAAAUGUAUGGGGGGGGUGGGGAGGAAAUGGUGUUGGCUUUGGUAUAUCUGUAUUAUCUGUGAAAACAAAUAAUAAUAAUAAUAAAAAUUAGAAAGAAAAAACCCAUCGGGUUCAAUUCUGUGAUACUCUUUGACCUGAGCGCCUGCUUCACAGCGAGCGCCAGGUUCUCAGCCGACUGAAGAAGUGGCGGGCCGCCUGCCUGAAGAGAGCCCAGCCCCAGUCGCCUGGCUCCGUGACGAAGGGCAGCAAGAAGCAGCGGAGGAUGGUGGAGUUCUUCCAGGUCAAGAAGCGGCCGUGCAAGGUGAGGAGGAGAGAGAGGAGUUGCCCCUGGACCUUUGCAAGGCCAAAAGAAGAAGGGAGGGAUGGAUGGAUGGGUGAGGCGAAGGGAUGGCCAGAGGGGUCACUGUCAGUGCUGUGAUGGAGCAAAAUAGCCUAAAUUUUUCCCCCAAACGGGUGCUCUGAAUCGGCUCUGGGUCUUUUUUGGUGGUGAACUCACUAAAAGAGUCAGCUCAGCAUUCAGUGGCAGACAGGGGGGCAUAAUUGGUUGGAAGGAGGAACAAAAUGGCUGGGAGGUCUUGGUGGGGUUACGUUUCCUCUGAAGGAGCAGGUUCAUAGCUUGGGGGUACAGUCAUACCUCAUGUUACGUUUGCUUCAGGUUGCGCGUUUUCAGGUUGUGUCCCGCAACGACCCGGAAGUAACAUAACGGGUUGCUUCUGGGUUUCACCCCUCGCGCAUGUCACGCGCAUGCGCAGAAGUGGUGCAUUAUGACCUGCGUGUGCGCAGAUGCUGGUUGUGUUCUUUUCAGGUUGCGAAGGGGCCUCCGGAACGGAUCCCGUUUGCAACCAGAGGUACCACUGUACUCCUGGGUCCUUUGCUGUCGCUUGAGGCUCAGGUGGCCUCAGUGGCCCGGAGUGCCUUCCAUCAGCUUCGGCUAGUGGCCCAGCUACGCCCCUAUCUGGACAGGGAUAGCCUAACUACUGUUGUCUAUGCUCUGGUGACCUCAAGGUUAGAUUACUGCAAUGCGUUCUACGUAGGACUGCCUCUGAAGACGGUUUGGAAACUUCAGCUGGUGCAGAAUUCAGCGGCCAGGUAGCUUACUGGAGAAAGACGGUUUGAGCAUCUUACACUGAUCCUGGUUUGACUCCACUGGCUACUACAUUGGUACCUCAGGUUACAGCAGCUUCAGGUUACAGACACUUCAGGUUACGGACUCCGCUAACCCAGAAAUAGCACCUUGGGUUAAGAACUUUGCUUCAGGAUGAGAACAGAAAUCGUGCUCCGGCAGCGCAGCAGCAGCAGGAGGCCCCAUUAGCUAAAGUGCUUCAGGUUAAGAACAGUUUCAGGUUAAGAACAAACCUCCAGAAUUAAUUAAGUUCUUAACCCGAGGUACCACUGUAAUUAGUUUCCAGGCUCAAUUCAAAGUGUUGGUUUUGACCUAUAGAGCCUUAAAUGGCUCAGGACCGCAAUACCUCAAGGACCGCCUCUUCCCAUAUGAACCUACCCGGACCCUGAGAUCACCUUCCGAGCCCCUUCUUUUUGUGCCUUCUCCUCAAGAGGUCCGGAGGGUGGCAACACGAGAACGGGGCCUUCUUUGCAGUAGCUCCCCAUCUGUGGAAUGCUCUUCCCAGGGAAGUUUGCCUGUCGCCUUCAUUAUACACCUUUAGGCACCAGGCAAAAAGAUUCCUUUUUAACCUUUUUAACCAGGCCUUUGGUUGAUCUGUUUGACAUCCUAUACCCUUUUAUAAUGUGGGGUUUGGGGGGGUUAUUGGGUUGUUAUUUUUAUUCUGAAUAUGUAUGUUGUGAUCUUUUCUGUGAACCACCCUGAGACCUCCGGGUAUAGAGUGGUAUAUAAACUCAAUUAAAAACAAAAACCAACUAACCACCAAACGAUCAUUGCGACACUGUUCUGUGUCUCUGCAGUACGUAUUUUUAGAGAGCUGGGUGAGGCUCUGGUCAGCUCUGAAAGGGAUAUUGCAGAGGGGGAGAUAUUGCGGAGCAGCCUUCCCCAUCCUGGCGCCUUCCAGAGGUUUUGGACUACAACUCCCACCAGCCCCAGCCAGCAUGGGAGUUGUAGCACAAAACCUCUGGAGGACACCAAGUUGAUUGAAGGCCAGAAGUGGAGCAUCUUCCCCAUAAGGCAGAGCGGUGAGUCUGGGGAAAGGGGUUAGUUCUGGAGCAUCACUUCCCAAAGUGCAUGGUGGGGCCCCAUAAAGGGUGGUGGGAUUACCUGGGGGCAAAGGGACUCUGGAGGUCAUGACUAUCAGGCUUGACUAUCAAGCUGGUAUCCCUGGAUCAAGCCCGUCCAUUUUGUUGAGAUAAGCAAACCCGAUCGCUUUAAUUGGAUUUUGGAAAAAAAGGGGAAUUAAUUGCAGCUCUUUUAAAUAAUAAUAAUAAUAAUAAUAAUAAUAAUAAUAAUAAUAAUAAUAAUUUAUUUGUACCCCGCCCAUCUGGCUGGGUUUCCCCAACCACUCUGGGCGGCUUCCAACAAAGAUUAAAAAUACAUUAAAAUGUCACACAUUAAAAACUUCCCUAAACAGGGCUGCCUUCAGAUGUCUUCUAAAUGUCAGGUUGUUGUUGUUCUCUUUGACAUCUGGUGGGAGGGUGUUCCACAGGGCGGGUGCCACCACCGAGAAGGCCCUCUGUAUGGUUCCCUGUAACCUCACUUCUCUCAAUGAGGGAACCGCCAGAAGGCCCUCGGCGCUGGACCUCAGUGUCCAGCUGUUACUCUCUGCGCCACCAUUCCGGCGUUUUACAAUAAAGAAAUCUCUGUUCUACCCAAAUUGAAACCCGGUGGUAUUUUGCUAAUUCCAGGCUGAGAUACGUUUACAGGUGAGUUUGUGUGUUACCUGCCAUCAGGGCCAGGUGUAGACUUGAAUGUGAGAAGAGCCUGCUGGAUCAGGCCAAUGGGGGACCAUCUAGUCAACAACAACAACAACAACAACAACAACAAUUUAUUUAUUUAUACCCCACCCAUCUGGCUGGGUUUCCCCAGCCACCCUGGGCAGCUUCCAACAAAGUAUUAAAAUACAAGAGUCUAUUAAACAUUAGAAGCUUCCCUGAACAGGGCUGCCUUCAGAUGUCUUCUAAAAGUCUGGUAGUUGUUUUUCUCUUUGACAUCUGGUGGGAGGGCGUUCCACAGGGUGGGCGCCACCACCGAGAAGGCCCUCUGCCUGGUUCCCUGUAGCCUCACUUCUCGCAAUGAGGGAACUGCCAGAAGGCCCUCGGGGAGCUGGAUCUCAGUGUCCGGGCAGAACGAUGGGGGUGGAGACGCUCCUUCAGAUAUACUGGACCGAGGCCAUUUAGGGCUUUCAAGGUCAGCACCAACACUUUGAAUUGUGCUCGGAAACAUACUGUGUUUCGCUGUGUUGUUAUCUUCCUUAGUGGAUUGUGCAAACUCCUAUUCUUAAUGCAAUUUGUAGACUAGCAUACACCGGGGGGGGGGGGGUUGACCCUAAGAAGUUUGGGAGUCUGCUCCAAGGUGUCCUGGGCAUCAACGGAAGUAAUUAUGGCAUGCUUUGUCCUGUGAGUUCCUGUCGAAAAUGCCUCAUGGCUGAGUUGUGCCUCUCAUUCCAAUUCGGCUGUUCUUCUCCGCAGAUACCGAAACCCGGCAGGAAGAAGAUGAAGACCCAGGAACAGCCAGGAACGGCAGUGGAGACUUGAGCAAAUAGCUCCCUUUUUCACUGGCUUGCAAGGGCCGCACUCCACGAAGUCUUUGGAAGGUGCUACCUGGCUGUUCAGGCUUGCUGGCACCCUCAACAUUUCAUUUCAUUCAUUUAACAACAUUCGUAUGCCCCUAAAUUCUCAGAUCACAGUGAUCUUCAGGAAACUGGACUCCUUCUUUCAUCUCCUCUGAGCAGGUGGCUGUCUGCCCUUUGACAUUUCCCUUUCCCUGACCUUGCUGUCUUUCGUACCAGACUCCUGCCAUUGGCAUUUUCAAGUUUUCUUCAUUGCUUCUGUGUCCCCAUUACAGCCUGCCUGGUCCGUGGUGCCCUCUCCACUUCUUAUAAUCCUGCAGGAAGAUUCCUUGCCUCGGCCUCUUUCUCAUAUUACAGAAAUAAGCCAAUUCAAGUAGUUGCUGCAGACAGAGGUGUCAUUCUGAAUUCUGGCUGCUGUCCAGUUCUGUGGUUGUUUGAGGCAUGCAGUCUGUUGGGUCAAAGGCGGAGGACGGGCAAGAACAGGACCCUGGACAGCUCCAGCGGGCUCUUGUGAAAGUUUGUUGGGUCGUCUAUCUUCUGACCCACUGAAUCUGCUGAAACGGCCCCCAAUAAAUUUGAUUUAUUGCUGCUCCGACAGACUUCCAAUGGCGCCCACAGGCUUCCACUCCGCGCGCUGCCACUCUCUCCAGUUGCCGGAUAAUAGCAGAGUUCACACGCAGCAGCAAAUGGCUUGUCCGUGUUGACGUGGUGUCCUCAGUAACGCAGCUCGACACCAGUGCUUCUAAUCCAAAACUCUUUAUUUAAAGGUAAAGGGACCCCUGACCAUUAGGUCCAGUCAUGACCAACUCUGGGGUUGCGGCGCUCAUCUCGCUUUAUUGCCCGAGGGAGCCGGCAUACAGCUUCCGGGUCAUGUGGCCAGUAUGACUAGGCCGCUUCUGGCGAACCAGAGCAGCGCACAGAAACAUCGUUUACCUUCCCGCUGGAGUGGUACCUAUUUAUCUACUUGCACUUUGACGUGCUUUCGAACUGCUAGGUUGGCAGGAGCAGGGACCGAGCAACGGGAGCUCACCCCGUCGCGGGGAUUUGAACCGCCGACCUUCUGAUCAGCAAGUCCUAGGCUCUGUGGUUUAACCCACAGCGCCACCGGAUAAUAGCAGAGUUCCCACGAAGCAGCAAAUGGCUUGUCCGUGUCGACGUGGUGUCCUCAAUAACGCAGCUGGACACCAGUGCUUCUAAUCCAAAACUCUAUUUAGUAGCACUCAAAACAGAAAAGAAAACCUGCAGAAUCUAGCUGCAUGUUCGCAGCUCUCUGCCUCUUAAGAAAAACUACACGACCUUGCUAACGAAGCACGGAUUAUGUGGGCAGUGCACCCAGUUGAUAAGAACGCUCCUGGAGUGUUAACUCCUGACAGUCCAGAACCAUAACAGCUCUGCUGCCUGAAAUGUCCUGGCUAGCGCCAGCGGAAGCCUAGCCUUACACAGGCAGCCAAGAAUGAUUGGCAAGGGCUCCUCCUCUGAGCCCGAUGAGGGUGGCAAGGCUGUGCCCUCCAGCUCGAAGGGUCCCAGAUAAAGGUAAUGUUCCCCAUCCCCGAGGAAGCAGCUUGGACCGAGGGCACAGAAUUGUAGAUGUGGAAGGGACCCCUAAGGCUCAUCUAGUCUAAGCCCCCUGCAAUACAAGAACCACAAGCCACUGGACUCUGGGUCUCCUGCCCCUUAUCUCCUAUUUUCUAAAUUUACAUUUCCUUAUUUUUUUACUUUGCUUCGAGGGUGGUUUUCCUUCAAAAAGUCAGCCUCAAUCUGCCACUAUACAUACAUAUGCGUCACAGGCAAGUGCUGGGAGCAAUUUGAAGGACCUAGCAAUGUCCUUGAACUGCAAAGUCCUGACACAAACUGGAUUUUUUUGCAAACCAGUUUACCUCCUGUUACCUGCUUGUCCCGCACAGCUGUUACUCUCUGCGCCACCAUUCCGGCGUUUUACAAUAAACAAAUCUCUGUUCUACCCAAAUUGAAACCCGGUGGUAUUUUGCUAAUUCCUCUUGGGAAUUAAAGGGUGCAGCAUUAACUCCCGUGGUGCAAUGUGGGUCCCUGGAAUAUUAUGCCUCCAGGCUGAGAUACGUUUACAGGUGAGUUUGUGCGUUACCUGCCAUCAGGGCCAGGUGUAGACUUGAAUGUGAGAAGAGCCUGCUGGAUCAGGCCAAUGGGGGACCAUCUAGUCAACAACAACAACAACAACAACAACAACAACAACUAUUUAUUUAUUUAUACCCCACCCAUCUGGCUGGGUUUCCCCAGCCACCCUGGGCAGCUUCCAACAAAGCAUUAAAAUACAAGAGUCUAUUAAACAUUAGAAGCUUCCCUGAACAGGGCUGCCUUCAGAUGUCUUCUAAAAGUCUGGUAGUUGUUUUUCUCUUUGAUAUCUGGUGGGAGGGCGUUCCACAGGGUGGGCGCCACCACCGAGAAGGCCCUCUGCCUGGUUCCCUGUAGCCUCACUUCUCGCAAUGAGGGAACCGCCAGAAGGCCCUCGGCGCUGGACCUCAGUGUCCGGGUAGAACGAUGGGGGUGGAGACGCUCCUUCAGAUAUACUGGGCUGAGGCCAUUUAGGGCUUUAAAGGUCAGCGCCAACAUUUUGAAUUGUGCUCGGAAACCUACUGAGAGCCAAUGCAGAUCUCUCAGGACCGGUGUUAUGUGGUCUCUUUAGCCGCCCCCAGUCACCAGUCUAGCUGCCGCAUUCUGGAUUAGUUGUAGCUUCUGGGUCACCUUCAAAGGUAGCCCCACAUAGAGCGCAUUGCAGUAGUCUAAGCGAGAGAUAACUAGAGCAUGCACCACUCUGGCGAGACAGUCUGCGGGCAGGGAGGGUCUCAUCCUGCGUACCAGAUGGAGCUGGUAGACUGCUGCCCUGGACACAGAAUUGACCUUCGCCUCCAUGGACAGCUUUGGUGACAGUGUGCAACAACAGAAUAUUUUUGUUCUUUCUGCCUGAGAGGUUCAAAUUGCAAUUUGACUCCUCUAUCACCUGGGGGCUCUUUAUAUUCUGCCUGUAGGAACUGCUCUUUGUCUUGAGUAAACACCAGCUUCACAAAGCACCCCUGACUUGCUCGGAAACAUGAAGCCUGAAGCAUUUUUUAAAAAAUGUGUAAGGCUAGUUUGACAGCAUUUGAAAUACUGGUUUGUCCCUGUAAAGAUGCCUCCUUGCUCCUCUCUCUGUGGUUUGCUGCAGUUUUCUCUGAGAGCCCACCAUCCUUGUUAAGCUGUUGCAAAAGUAUUGUUGCAACAAGACAUCCUUUACCUGUGGAACUCCCUGCCACAGGAGGUGGAGGUGGUGACUCGCACAGGAUCAGAUAAAACUAUGAGGGAUAAGGCUAUUGUCAAAUAUCAGUCGUGCUAGCUAAGGGAAUUCUCUGUUUAGGGACAGUAUACAGGGGUGUGUGCUUGUUGACAUAAUGUUUGCCUUCCCUGUGGCCAAAACAGACUAUCUGAGAGGCUUGCAAACAUCAUUUCUAAGACUGACCCUGCUCUCAGAAAUGCAGACAACUGCUGGAGAUGUGGAAGUAAAAAUGCAAACUUGGUACAUAUGAUGAAUAACUGCCUGAUGAUAAGAUCAUUUUGGUGCAAGGUGAGAAUAUAUAUAGCAAGAGUAAUAUAUCUAAGUAACACCUUAGAGACCAACUAAGUUUGUUCUUGAUAUGAGCUUCUUCAGGCAUAUAAAGAUUGUGCUACUGGAC